CAUCGGGACCAUCCUUAGGGCCACAACGGGAGACCCACCGGGUCCCAGGCUACCAUCCCCGGCAGAGCAGCCUCUGAGGCGGUCCGGGGAAGCCAUCAUAGCCGGGGCCGCCCUGGCUCCUUCCUGGUCCUGCCACCCACUCCGCUUGGCCCACUGAUGCAGCCGUGGGCAUCAAUUCCUAAUCCAGAACGUGGGAAUAAAAACAGUGCCAACCUCAGGAGGAUAUCGCAAGAAUUAAUGAGAUGAUAUAGUAAGUGCUCAAUAAAUAGUCCCUGUUAUUUUGUCAUCAGUAAAGUGGACGUAAUACCCACUUCGUUGUGGCAUUAUAUGAAAUAACAAGUGGAGAUGCUCUGCACAUUGUUAUUCACCAGCCAAAUAGAAAUUAGUAUUUUUGUUGCAAUGUAAAACCUCUAAAGUCAGAGAUCCUCAUUUUAAUCCAGACUGGGUUUUUUGUAUCUGUCCUUCAUUACGACGCUUCUCCAGAGAAAUCCAAUGUAUUUUCAGACCCAUCGCGUCAUUUGUCCUCACCAGUAUAGCUGUGAAGUAGCAAGCAGGGGUGCAUGGACUUCUCUCACACUUUUGCAGACAGGAGGUUGUGAAGCGAUUUGCCCGAGGUCACACUUGGCCUCCGAGAGGGGCCCUCCUCAUAGCCUGAAAGGGUGGCCGGGGCCAGAUGCUCUCCCUGCAUCUGUUCCAGCUCUCAGAUCUGAGACCCGACCCCAGGCCCCAAGGGCUGUUUUGGCAAAUUACCAGCUCUCUCUAAUCACAAAGGGGACACUCCAAAAGUGUGAAACAACCUGAGAAAACAGGUCCAGGACAUUCCAUCCAUUUUCUGAGGCUUCAGUUAUGUAAGUUUUGAUUGAGUCUGGCCACAUACCUCCCGCCCCAGCUGGGUGAGGGAUCGCAGAUGUCAUCACCACCAUCCGGCAAAGUGCAGGGCUCUGGGCCAAGGUGAUGGGUCAGAGUGUGCAUGAGACCCGGGCUCUGCCCUGGGGUUGCAGGACCCAGACAGACACACAAGGAAGAAGCCGUGAAAGGUGGCAGGGAACACACUAAUGGCCUUGGAGGGAAAGCGGUCGCCCUGGCGCUCAGGGAGAGGCCCAGCUGACACGGGGGAAGGGGGGGUGGGUCCACCAUGUGGAAGGGGCCCAGCAUGCCGAGGAAUCUUUAACCCAUGGUUCUUUGUGAACUUCCCGUCGGCCAAGCAGUACUUCAGCCAGUUCAAGCACAUGGAGGAGCCCCUGGAAAUGGAGCGGAGCCUGCAGCUGCGGAAGCACGCCUGCCGGGUCAUGGGGGCCCUCAACACCGUGGUGGAGAAUCUGCACGACCCCGAGAAGGUGUCCUCUGUGCUUGCCCUCGUGGGCAAAGCCCACGCCCUCAAGCACAAGGUGGAGCCUGUGUACUUCAAGAUCCUCUCUGGGGUCAUCCUGGAGGUGAUUGCCGAGGAAUUUGCCAAUGACUUCCCACCUGAGACGCAGAGAGCCUGGGCCAAGCUUCGCGGCCUCAUCUACAGCCACGUGACCGCUGCCUACAAGGAAGUGGGCUGGGUACAGCAGGUCCCCAACGCCACCACCCCGCCGGCCACGCUGCCCUCUUCGGGGCCAUAGGACCCCCUCUCUCCUCCCCGCUCCCUGGCAGCACCUUGAGCAGAAGGCCGAGUUCUGAAGACGCUCCUUGACCCUCCAUCUCUGGGUGCCAAGGAAGCUGGAGGAAUCCCUGACUCGUCUUCCUGGAAAGAGGCUGCCUCGGCCUCGGCCACAGUCCCCCUGGAGCCGCCGGAAGGUUGCAUCAGCUGCCUGGUUGCUGACCCCAGCUCAGCGGCGCAGAGGGUGGCCUGUGGGGUGGGGGACCUUUCCUCCUUGGAGAGCCGGGCACACCCUUCUUAGCUUUUCUACUCACUGUUAGAGACCUAGCUGAGCGGCCAGCGGGAAUCGGGGGGCAGGCCUGUGAGUCACUGGAGGAGCAAACCAGCCCUGUUUCUAUCUGCCUGGCCACACACAGGUCUCCACAUCACUUAUCUAGAAUACCACGCACACACGUCUACCGUAUAUACAGAUAUAUUCUAUAUACAAUCUAUAUAUAAAUCUAUAUCUAUAUAUAUACACAUACAUAUCUAUAACGUGUAUCAGUAAGGCCCAGAGGCACGAGUGAAGCCUCGAUUCUGCCCACCGAGGAGUCCUGGCAGCUCCUGGGCAGAGAACAGAGUGUUCCGGCAGAGAUGACGGGGUCUCACAUCAGCACGGAGGGGACCCGGGCCUGCGUGGGCAGGGUUGGGGUGACCCAGCUUGCCAGCAAAGCCCAGCCCAUUCUCUCUGACCAGCUCCCCACAUUCCUGCUUUCCACUUCGGGCAGAAAGGAUUUGGUGUUCCCUACCUCUGCCCCCCACAAAAGGAGGUGGGUCCCUGACUUGCCCCUAAAUGGGCAAGGGGGCCAGAAGCUCUGGACAGGAUGACUGCAGCAGGGGAGGGGCCAUGGUCCAGAAACCUCGGAUGGCAGCUCCAUCUGCCUUUGCCUCUAAGACAGACGGCCCUGGCGGGAGGGGGAUCCAGGCUGCUGUCAGUGGGGCAGUGGUGACGGGACCAGAUGCCUCUGUCUCUUCCUGGGGCUCUGAGGGCUGAGGGCCUUCCCUCCCCUGCUUCUCCUGGCUGCUGGCUUGCAGUCAGCCCUCUCCAUCCAUCUAGGUCAGCGUUGCUGGGGACCCCCCCAGUGUGUGCCCCUUGGUCACGUGUAUUGUCCUCAAGGAUGUUUUGCUGCUGUGGCUACUGUGCCUGUGUCCUCCUGUCCCGUCUUCGUGCAGCCAUCCAUGUAACUGCCUGUCCUCCUUUUGUAGUUUCUGAUGUUUGUAACUAGACCCAGCCAUGUCAUUAAACAGACUCGUUCUUCCUG